AUGGGGUCUGCGGAGGAGGAGGAGUUUUUGGAGGUGCCGCAGUCGCGCCAUGCCCGCAAGGCGUGGUUCCAGCUUUUAACCCUGCGCAGCCUGCGGGCGUGGCGCUGCCAGUGGCAGCCGCUGCUGCCGAACUUGGCGAGGCAGCUCGGGGCCGACGCCUCACAGGGAAACAGCCGAACCCCGCAUGCAAUCCUUGCUGAGAGACUGGCGGACUGCACGGCCUUGUCGGUGGAUGUGCAGAGGAAGCACAUGCACUACACGCACGUCCGCACCACGUCGGCGGGCGACCGGCAGCCUUCCACCUUCACCCGGGCUGGGUUCUGGGAGCACAUCCUCCAAGUCUACCGAGAAGCAUACCCAGACGCUGCCAACCCCACGGGCUCCAUCGUGCAGUUUGGGGCAGUGGCGAAGGAGCGGCAUGCGGCCUCGCAGGAUGGUUUGCGGGACGAGCACCAUCAUUGCCCAGUGUACUGCAGCAAGCGGCACUACUGGAAGCGUGUGGCUGACAUCUCCUACCAGAAGUACAAGGUGAAGCUCCACGCGGCCACGCACGGGUACUACACCAUGUAUUCUUACAUCACCGCCCCGACUACGAAGAAGCCCUUGGCUGCAUUGGACGCGGAGGUGUUCUUGUCGGUGGACCACCCGCGUGGAGACGCCCUGCGGCAGUUGCUGGAAGCAGGCGCCAUUGCUGCCCGUGCCUUGAAUGGACGUCAACACAAGCAACAAGCUGAAGAAGCUCCGCAACGUGCGCCGCAGAAGCGCUUCCGCUCCGGGGACAUCUUCACCCUCAUGGAGGAGCGCAACUUGCAGAAUGUCCUGGACUUGCAAGGGCUGGCCAACUCCUUGGCCCAGCAGCGCAAAAGCUGCUCCUUGAGCCCGUUGGACGGCCAUCUUUCAGUCAUGGGGAACCCUGACCCGGAGCUCCUUCCCUUUGGCCGGUGCAUUGGAUGCGCAAGGUGUUGCUGUUGGCAAGACAACAAGCACCAGGAUCAGACUGUGCUUUUUGAGGACUUGCUCUCCCUCACCGUGGGGGAAAUGAUCUCAGUCCGAGUGCCACACCAAAAGACCCAGAUCUUCCGCAACGUCGCGCCCCUCUUCUACACCUCCAACUUCCCGCUGCAGGUGCGCCGGCCUGACUUGGAGGAGGCCACGCGCUUGAACCAAGCCAUGGCCGAGCGCUUCUGCACGCGUCAGUGGAAGAUGCCGUUGCCAGAAGCCGAGCGGAUCCCGGACCUGCCUCGAUGCUCACGGUGCUGCGCCGCGUUCUACCUUGCCAACAGCGCAGGGGGGCGGCGCCCUGCCGAGAUUGCGGAGCUGCUGGGACGGCACAUUUCCACGAUCGUCCGGCACUUCCAGCGGCUGUCCCGGGGCCGGGCUGCCAAGCGGCAGCCCACAGGACGACCGCCCAGCCUGACUCAGCGCCAAGUCGACCAAGUUGUGAGCACAACCCAGCGGCUUGUGAAAGAAGCCAAAGCUCAGUGGCAGGUCACGGCUGCCAUGGUGCGACAGGCGCUGCGUCUGAAAUGCUCUGUCAAGACCAUCCGCAAAGUUCUGCAUGAGCGCGGGAUCACCUUUCGACCAAUGCGCCAGAAGCCGCUGCGCACUGCGGCUGAUGAGCACACCCGACUGGAGUGGGGGAAGCAAUACGCCCCAAAAAGGGCAUCCUUCUGGUCUGAGAGGGUGCACGCCUACCUGGACAACAAGUUCUUCCCCGUCUACCCGAACCACAAGGCAAGGUGCUACGCUGCCAAGCGCGCCACUGGUACCUACCGAGCAAGGGGCGAGGGCUUGGGCGAGGGGCAUGUUCGACCACGCUUGAAAGUGUCUUGGGGGAAGAGUGUCAACGUGGCGGUGGCCCUGAGUGCCCAGAAGGUUCUGAUGUGCCACGUGGUGGAAGGCCACUGGAAUGCAGCGGAGGACAACGAUCCCAGCGGCUACAAGAGCCGGGCGGCCAGGGACACAAAGGUGGAGCAGCGGAUCAACGUGCUGGAGAUCCCAAAGCGCUCGCCUGACGUCAACCCACUCGACUACGGCUUCUGGGCCCACGUCAAUGAGCGGCUGCGCGUGCAGGAGAGCCGCUUCGGCGUCAAUUUUCGUGAAUCCAGAGACCACUUUGUGCGCCGGCUCAGGCGCACGAUCCUGCGCACCCACCCGGCCUUCCUGCGCUCAUUGGUGACAUCCAUGAAGCGGCGAGCAGUGGCCUUGGUGGCCGCCAAAGGGCGGGACUUUGAGGAGGAGGAGUUUUUGGAGGUGCUGCGGGAGUGGGACAACGCAGUCGCGCCAUGCCCGCAAGGCGUGGUUCCAGGGGUUGGCCCUGCGCAGCCUGCGGGCGUGGCGCUGCCAGUGGCAGCCGCUGCUGCCGAACUUGGCGAGGCAGCUCGGGGCCGACGCCUCACAGGGAAACAGCCGAACCCCGCAGUCAACCAGAACGCUGCUUCGAGUGCAAUCCUUGCUGAGAGACUGGCGGACUGCACGGCCUUGUCGGUGGAUGUGCAGAGGAAGCACAUGCACUACACGCACGUCCGCACCACGUCGGCGGGCGACCGGCAGCCUUCCACCUUCACCCGGGCUGGGUUCUGGGAGCACAUCCUCCAAGUCUACCGAGAAGCAUACCCAGACGCUGCCAACCCCCCGGGCUCCAUCGUGCAGUUUGGGGCAGUGGCGAAGGAGCGGCAUGCGGCCUCGCAGGAUGGUUUGCGGGACGAGCACCAUCAUUGCCCAGUGUACUGCAGCAAGCGGCACUACUGGAAGCGUGUGGCUGACAUCUCCUACCAGAAGUACAAGGUGAAGCUCCACGCGGCCACGCACGACGGGUACUACACCAUGUAUUCUUACAUCACCGCCCCGACUACGAAGAAGCCCUUGGCUGCAUUGGACGUGGAGGUGUUCUUGUCGGUGGACCACCCGCGUGGAGACGCCCUGCGGCAGUUGCUGGAAGCAGGCGCCAUUGCUGCCCGUGCCUUGAAUGGACGUCAACACAAGCAACAAGCUGAAGAAGCUCCGCAACGUGCGCCGCAGAAGCGCUUCCGCUCCGGGGACAUCUUCACCCUCAUGGAGGAGCACAACUUGCAGAAUGUCCUGGACUUGCAAGGGCUGGCCAACUCCUUGGCCCAGCAAGGCAACCCUCGCUUGGCGCAGUUCUGCACAAGCAUGGGUGAGGACCGCUUGGGUCAGCUGCUCAAUGCAGCACGUGGUGUCAUGGAAGCACCCACGCGGGUGGCCAUGCGCCAGCACUCCCGUUUGGACACCUUGCGGGACGCAGCCAUGACUAGUCCUUGCACCUGCAGCGGCGUGUGGGCUCCAGCUGCUCUUCGCACCUUGACCAACAACCAAGAGGAUGUGCGCAGGUUCUGCCAAGACGUCUGCCGCGCCCUGCAGUUGGGAGCUCGGCGGGGCGUCAACCUCGCAAUUGUCGGCGUCCCAGGCAGCGGCAAAAGCAUGCUCCUUGAGCCCUUGGACGGCAUCUUUCAGGUCAUGGGGAAACCUGAAGCCCGGAGCUCCUUCCCUUUGGCCGGUGCUUUGGAUGCGCAGGUGUUGCUGUGGCAAGACUACAAGCACCAGGAUCAGACUGUGCUUUUUGAGGACUUGCUCUCCCUCACCGUGGGGGAAAUGAUCUCAGUCCGAGUGCCACACCAAAAGAACCAGACCUUCCGCAACGUUGCGCCCCUCUUCUACACCUCCAACUUCCCGCUGCAGGUGCGCCGGCCUGACUUGGAGGAGGCCACGCGCUUGAACCAAGCCAUGGCCGAGCGCUUCUGCACGCGUCAGUGGAAGAUGCCGUUGCCAGAAGCCGAGCGGAUCCCGGACCUGCCUCGAUGCUCACGGUGCUGCGCCGCGUUCUACCUUGCCAACAGCGCAGGGG